ACCUAAUUUCAUCACCCCAACUACCGGCCUCCAUACUUGUGUGCUUUAGAGAGAGAGAGAGAGAGAGAGAGAGAGAUAUGGAGGGCUCAUCUUCUAAAUAUUUGAUAACAUUCCUUCUCAUUCUAGUUGCCAUUAGCUCCUGCAUAAACUCAGGCAUGGCCGGCAAGGCCAACCGGUUAAGCACUGAGUUUAUCAGGACAUCUUGCAAAUCGACAAUCUACCCAAGCCUUUGUUUCAGCUCUCUCUCAGCCCAUGCAAACUCCAUCCAAACAAGCCCUCAACUUCUGGCCAGCACUGCUCUCAAUGUGACUCUGUCUUCGGCUCAGUCAACCUCUAGUUUGAUGGUGAGACUCUCCAAAACCCGGGGAAUGAGUCCUAGAGUGGCUGUCGCCAUGACGGACUGCGUUGAGGAAUUGAGCGAUUCCGUGGACGAGCUUCGUCAGUCUAUAGCUGAGAUGGGCAACUUAAAGGGCUCGAACUUUAAGCUCAUGAUAAACGACAUACAAACUUGGGUCAGUGCCGCUUUGACGGACGAGAGUACCUGCACCGAUGGGUUUCAAGGGAAUUCCAUGAAUGGGAAGGUGAAGACCACUGUGAGGGGCAAGAUCGUGAAGGUAGCACAAUUGACUAGCAAUGCCUUGGCUUUGAUCAAUCGAUAUGCCGCUUUUCAUGAUUAAUUUGCUUAAAUUAGCGAGAUUAUAUGCGCGAGCGCCGCAUUCAUUCUGAAGAAACAAUAGUAUGUCUGUGUGUGCAUGUGUGGAUGUAUGCUUCUGCGGCAUCAUUUAUAUAUCUCAUGUUGUUGUACUCUUUAUGUAUGGAAUCGGUUGAUGUAUAUAUAGCUAGCUAGCGUUAACAGCUUGCUUGCUUGUGAUCGAUCCGUGCUAACGUGCUAGCUGCUGCAUUGUGUGGCUCUUUAAUUAGGAUGCAUGGAGGCUAAGCUCUUGAGAUUA